CGAAGGGUUGAGGCAGUAAAGCGAGCGCGGGGCCGGGCAGCGCUGAGUGCUGCUGUGCCGCGCUGCGCGUUCGUGUGCCGCGACACCGAGAGAGCGAGCGAGCGGGAGACCGAGGGAAGAUGUCCGGGCGCGGGAAGCAGGGCGGGAAGGCGCGCGCCAAGGCCAAGUCGCGCUCGUCGCGGGCCGGGCUGCAGUUCCCCGUGGGCCGCGUGCACCGGCUGCUGCGCAAGGGCAACUACGCGGAGCGCGUGGGCGCCGGCGCGCCGGUGUACCUGGCGGCCGUGCUGGAGUACCUGACGGCCGAGAUCCUGGAGCUGGCGGGCAACGCGGCCCGCGACAACAAGAAGACGCGCAUCAUCCCCCGCCACCUGCAGCUCGCCAUCCGCAACGACGAGGAGCUCAACAAGCUGCUGGGCAAGGUGACGAUCGCGCAGGGCGGCGUGCUGCCCAACAUCCAGGCCGUGCUGCUGCCCAAGAAGACCGACAGCCACAAGGCCAAAGCCAAGUGAACCUGAAAGGCUAAGCGGCACUUUUGCUUUUCUGGAAAAACCCAAAGGCUCUUUUCAGAGCCAC